GGGAAAUCAGAAAGAGUAAAAUGGUGUUUUGUUGUGUUUUUGUCUCCGUUGACUUGCUUAAACAUUUAUAACAGCUUCUUUUUGUGAUUUUGGCAUCUGUUCAUUCGCUAUGGGUGAGAAGAUCAAAAAGGUGAAAAGCUGGCUCAGCUCAGUUUUUGGAGACCAACCGGUGCCAGAGUUUGAGGUGAACACCAGGACAGUGGACAUCCUGUACCAGCUGGCUCAGUCCAGUGAAGCCAGAUGUAGUGACACAGCCCUGCUCAUCGAAGACCUCAAACAGAAAGCUGCAGAGUAUCAGGCAGAGGGGGUUCAUUUCCAGGAUGUCCUUCUACAAGGAGUUGGUCUGUCGUGUGCAAGUCUGUCAAAGGCCUCCACAGACUACCUGUCUGCUUUAGUGGACAAUGCUAUGGUACUUGGAGUCAGAGAUACAUCACUUUGUAGUUUUCUGCCAGCAAUCAACAACCACACCAAUGUACUUCUGGAAGCAGAGAAAUCAAACAGGAGACUUGAGAGGGAGCUGAUGACCCUCAGAAAGAGACUUAGUACUACUCUGGUCCUGCGGAGCAACUUACAAGAGGAUAUCAAUAAAACUGUCAAAGCUCAGGCUGUGGAGAGCGCUAAAGCAGAGGAGAGGUUACUCAACAUGGAUUUUGUGACUACAAAAGCGAAAGAGCUCAGCAACAGAAGGGAGAGGGCAGAGGCUCAAUUUGCAUCCAGAAACAUGGACGAGUCUCUCACCCACCAGGCCAUUGUGCAGCUCUCAGAGGAAGUCACUGCCCUGAAGCAGGAAAUAAUGCCCUUAAACAAGAAACUGGAGCCUUACAUGGACUUGAGCCCAAGCCCCUCACUUGCUCAAGUGAAAAUAGAAGAGGCAAGAAGAGAACUGGCUGCAAUUGAUUCCCAACUUGAGAUGGAAAUGGAUUUCAAAUAAAUGGAUCAUGUGAAAUGUAAUAUUUCCUGUUUAUAUGUUUUUGCUUUUGAUAAUAAUGUAAUAAUCUAACCCUUAAUUGUGUGUCUUGGUAUUUCAGUGUCAUACACCUGU